GAGGCCGAGAAGCUAACUAGAGCACAGGUAUGCCCGGCCACGGGCGAACCUCCAAUGGACAGCGAAUCAAGGUAACACCUCGAGCUUGGCAGGCAUGGGUAGUAGAGCCACAUGCCUCGUUUACUAGACCCGCUGACUGCAUGGCUGACGGGUCGACAAACACACCUUAAAUCGACAACCCUACGUCUAUCUCCCAGAUUCGCCCCUUCAGAAGCGCUCGACUCAGACUCUUGACAUCGACACUUACAGUCCACUCACCAACAGUUCGAGGUCUAAAUGUCACGCAACGGGACUUCUCCAUUUGAGGUGUCCGCGCCAUUGAGCUUGUCCUCAGGCCCUGACUCCAACGAAUAUCCCUCUACAGAUAAGAAGCCGGAUCUGGAGCGACACAUCUCCCACAUACCGCAAGACAGCGACCUCGAAGAUGAAAUAGAAGAGGAAACCGCGCACGAUACUUCCGGCACAUCCGGCGGCGGCAUCAAGUCCAAGCUGAAAAAGCUCAAGAACCGUGUAACGCACCACUCUCACGACAAAGAUAAAUCCACCACUCUCUCAACAGAUCCCACGGACCGCAUUGAGAAACGUCACGAUUCAGGCAACGCGACUUCAGACUUCGAGAUCACUCCCGGCAUCGGCGGAGUCAGCAGCGCGAGCAAUGCUGGUGGAGACUACCUGACUGCUUCUUCUGCAGAACAUCACAAAGCUAUCACGCCAAAUCUGGAACGCCAUAUAUCAGCCAUCGGGCCUGACGGGACUCUCAGUCCGAGUGCUGCGAGUCAACAGCAGCCAAAAGGUCGAUCACCGAAAAUGGAAAGGCAUAUUUCCGGCAUACCGCAGGACGAUUAUGACAGCGAUCGUGAGAUUUAGCGAGUGGAGUUGAGAAUUUUUUCUUUCUUGCUGGUGUAGUUUUUGACAUUGGUGAUGCGAAUACAUAUCGAAUGGCAUGGCAUGGCGAGGAGUCAACGUUUUUUUGUCGGCACGAAGCUACUUUCUCUACGGCUGCGCCAAAUUUAGCUCUGCUGAAGCUGCAGAAUUAUACCUAUGAU